AUGCCUCCUCGUAUUCCCGUCACCAAGGGCUCCGAGACCCUCUGCUACGGCGCCGCUACCGUUGCCGCCCUGGCUCCCCUCUACUUCAUGAUUCCCGGCGCCGAGCAGCGUCUGGCUUCGCAGACCGCCAAGUGGGCGCCCCGCUGGGAGCGUAACAUCAGCUACUUCACCCCCUCGGCCGAGCGUGGCAUCAAGCGCGUCGAGCCCCCCGUCGCCCGCACCGUCCAGGCCAUGGAGAGGCGCCUGCCGCUCGAGAAGAUGGCCAAGGGUAUGGAGAGGCGGAUCAACAACGGCAUUGACCGCUUCAACAAUGUCAGGAAGUAA